AUGAGACUUCAGGUCCAGUUAAUGGCACCACCAUCUAAUCAAAUCAAACCAAAUCAAAUCAAAUCAAAUAAAGAGGCUCCUCUCAGUGGUUUGGAAGUGAUUCUGCUCCUUGGAGUCCCACCUAUAUCUCUGUAUGUGAACCUAUCCCAGUGGACAAGGUGUGUAUUGCUGGUAUCUGUGAUUGAACAGCUCGCUCAAGUUCACAACUCCACCUUCCAGGCUUCCAUGGACAGAUUUUGCAGCUUCCUGCCUGAAAAAUUGUUCCUGAAAACUGCCUGCUAUUUAGUGGUUCAGAUGUUUGGGCCAGAUAUUAUAAAGCUGCUUAACACAGAUAUGAAUGCUGAUGUGGUGUGUCACACUCUGAAAUUCUGUAAACAGGACAAGGGUCAACAUUUGUGUCAUCUCUACCCAUCUCUCAAGGAGCCAUGGAAAUCUGCACUGAAAAAAGCAAGAUGGAUUGUCAAGAAAUCCCCACCUUUGAAACAUUCCGAAAGUAAUUUUAACAUUUGUUCACUCCCAGUUUUGGCCGACGUCUGCAAGAAAAUUAAAUUUGCAAUAGAAAAUUCUGUACCAUUCAAAGAUGCAGAUUCAGACAAAUACAGCAUUUUCCCAACUCUGAGAGGUUAUCACUGGCGUGGGAGAGACUGUAAUGACAGUGACAAGAUGGCAUAUCCAGGAAGAAGGCCAGACAACUGGGAUAUACAUCAUGAUUCAAACUGUAAUGGCAUUUGGGGGGUUGAUCCAAAGGAUGAAAUUCCAUAUGAGAAAAAAUUCUGUGAAGGUUCACAGCCCAAGGGAAUCAUUGUGCUGGGAGACUCAGCUGGGGCUCAUUUUCACAUCUCUCCCCAGUGGAUCACAGCUUCGCAGAUGUCUCUGAAAUCCUUUGUCAAUUUACCAACAGCUCUUACUGAUGAACUCGACUGGCCCCAACUCUCUGGCAUUACAGGAUUUCUGGAGCCCACUAGUAGAAUUAAAGAAAAGUCUAUCUAUCUACGUUUAAGGGAAAGAAAUCGCUGCAAUCACAGAGAUUACCAGAACAUUGCAAGAAAUGGUGCAUCAUCCCAAAAUCUGGAGACAUUUAUGGAAACUUUGUCUAGGAACCAACUAUUGGACCAUCCAGCCAUUGCCAUCUAUGCCAUGGUUGGAAAUGAUGUGUGCAAGAGCAGGAAAAUGACAACUCCUGAGAAAUUUUACUCGAAGGUCAUGCAGACCCUGAAGUUUCUGAAUUCCCGCCUGCCAAAGGGCAGCCACGUUAUCUUAUAUGGCUUAGCAAGUGGAAACUUCCUCUGGGAUCAUUUGCACAACAGAUAUCAUCCUCUUGGCCAGCUGAAUAAGGAUGUAACUUACGCACAGUUCUACUCCUUCCUGAGCUGUCUCCAGGUCAGCCCUUGUCAUAGCUGGAUGUCAUUCAACAAGACACUUCGCACUCUCACUUCGAAGAGAGCAGAACAACUCUCCAAUACACUGAAAAAAAUUGCCACCAGAGAGAAAUUUAUAAACUUCGAUCUUUUCUACCUGGAUUUUAACUUCCAAGAAGUCAUUGAAGAGUGGCGGAGGAGAGGAGGGCAGCCUUGGCAGCUCGUUGAACCUGUGGAUGGAUUCCAUCCCAAUGAGGUGGCUUCACUGCUGUUGGCAGAUCACUUCUGGAAGAAGGUGACACUCCAGUGGCCCCAGGUUUUUGGGAAGGAGAAUCCAUUCAACAGCCAGAUUAAAGAGGUGUUUGGAGACCAAGGCGGGCACUGA